AUGUCCAGCUACAGCGUGGGUGUUAUCGCCGUCGCGUUGGGCGCUGUGGCUUACCAGUCAGGUGGUGAUCCUGGAGUUGUGGUAGAAACCCUGAAAGGAUUUGCUUCUGAAGAUUGCACAGGGUCAUGGCCCCCCGAGAUCUCUUGUAUUGCCCGCAAUGUGCCGAUCACCAUUGGCCUUAUUGUGCUUCUGGUUUUAUUCCAGGUUAUCAGCAUUCUCACGGCCGAAAAGUCAGAGGAACAGGAAGCCAUGUACAAGCAGCACUAUGCCAAACGACACGAAGUGGUUGAAGAAUACGUCAAGACAUUGGAAGAAUCGGAAGACUUGGAAAGCGACGAACUUGGUACCGUUGAUUUCAAAGAAAUGUUUGUAAAAACUUGGGACCUUACAGAACUAUCUGACCGCAAGCAGGAAACCAUGGAUGAUGCAGUGCGUUGGGCUUGGCGCUUGUUUCAAAAAGAAGCACGCAUUGCCAUUGCCAAGACCAGAGAACAGAAGGACUUGAUUUAUGCGGACGGAGAGAAGCUUGGCGGAUUGAUAGAAUUCAGAUUCAAAUAUCUGUUGGGAUGGACCAACCGAUGCAGCAAAUACCAACCCAGUAAGGAAGAGUGGAAACGAAUCUAUGCUCUUCGAAGGGAAGGGUGGUUGUUGAAUACCAAAUUGGGAUUGGAAGCUGUUUCCAAAGCAGCAAAGAUGGUAGUCUUGUCUGGUUCCGACGGUUUGGCGUGGGUGGCCGCCCAGACCGUGGCCACUACUAUUACGGCUUCCACGAGUGCCUGGUCGAUGUACUACCGUGCGAUGCUCUUGGACAGCCUAAGUAAAGGAGGCGAAUCGUUCUGGGAGGCAGUUCAAGCCAUGGUUUUGGUUGACCUCUUGUGCACGAUGAUGGUGCUAGUAAAAGACAUCCUCAGUGAGCGUGGUGAGGCGGUCAUUGCCCGAAACGUUCAAAUCAGAUGUUUUGAAGCGUACACCAAACGAGAUCUUGAGUGGUGGAGGACCAUGGAACGGGAGGGUCGUAUCAAUGAUUGGCUUUGUUACGAGAUUGGGUAUACUCUGUCGGAUGAGGUCAAAAAGUUCUUACAAACUCCUCAGAGUUUCGUGAGAUGCGUCACUUCAAUCAGCACUUAUGCCAUGAUCAUUUACGGUGCCUCUUCAUCAAGUCUAUCCAUGCUGCUUCUGGCGCAGUUUGGAGCCAUGUUCUUCAACUGGGUAAUGUCAUUCUUCUUUGGUUGGCUCAAGCGUGUUGCAAACCAAUCAGUGGUUGAGGAUUCUGAAGCCCAGCACUGGGAACAACGGCUAAAGCCAGAAUAUGUUCGAACCUACCAGUCCUUCGCCAGAGAUCACAUCGAAAUUCAAAGGUUUGCUGAUGAACUUAGAACCAAUCGCGAAACGGAACAACGAGAAUUUGUGGUCAAGGCACUACAGGGGCCUGUUGAUGCAAUCAUCGAGCAAGCUAGCUCCGUUGCUCAGCUGGACACGACAAAGGGUUUGGUAACCUCGGGAACCAUUGGAAUUGCCCAUGCGAACAAUUUGAUGGACUCCGCCGAUAAAGUCGCAUCCGGCACACAGGAAACAUGGGGUUUGUUCAAAGGCUUUGUUGAUCAAGCCAAACCAAUUGCCAAAGUAUACGAUCUGUGCACUCUCAAGAGCAAGAUCGACCCAGAUGUUGGGCUUGUUCCAGCCGAAAGACCUAAAGGCCACAUCCAGUUCAAGGAUGUCGAAUUUUCGUACCCCCGCGGAGGGCAGGUACUGAAAGGCGCGUCAUUUGAGGUCAAACCCGGUACAACUUUGGGUAUCACUGGUUCUGCAGGCUGCGGAAAGAGUACCGCAAUGAGGCUGCUCGAAAGGUUCUAUGACGUUUCUGGAGGUCAAAUCUUGCUGGACGGAAAGGACUUGAAAGAGUACAACCCCGUUUGGCUACGUAGUCAGAUUACUGUCGUCGCCCAAGAACCAAAGCUUGUGCCAAUGUCAAUCCGACAGAAUCUGGUCUUUGGUUGCAAGAAAGAGCCAUCAUUGAAAGAGAUUGAGGAUGCCCUCAAAGCAGCCAAUAUUUGGGACUCGAUCCAAGACAAAGAAAAGUUUCCAAAAGGUCUCAACACUGACAUUAGCUCCCAGGGGACCGUCAGUGGUGGCGAAAAGCAGAGGUUGGCUAUUGCCAGAGCAAUUCUUUGCGACCCUGCGAUCCUGGUAAGUGAAAGCAGGUGUGCACAACGCGCAUCACUAUGA